CUUUGGCUGAGUGGCCCUGAUCGCCCAUCCCUCAGUGGAUUCUUACACUUUAGACACGGAUCAUCCCUGGAGAGGGUUGUUUCGUGGAUGUGCUAGGGUGUAUGCACUCCCUAUCUUUGUCCUGGUUUUUCCCUUUCGUGUGCUUCUUCCGAUGGCUGCACAUUUAUCUACUGCAUUCAAGUGAAAAGCACCCUUUCUGGACCUCGGUAUUUGUGCAUUCGGGUGACCAAGAAGUAGACUUCGCUCAAAUUGCAGACAUUGUGUCUUCCAGCUUUCCAUGAGGUGCACUCUUCUCCUUGUUGCUUCACAUUUUUCUAGACCCCAUCCACGGCCCGCCCUAAAUAGAUAUCGACGUCUAAAGAUCUCAGAGUCUUUCUAUACACUUGCUGGUCUCGACACUUGCUUGUAAUUAUUCUGGUGAUCGCUCAUGCAUUGCUUCCGGGUGGAGGAUUUGCACACAGUACUUGCCCUGUACUAAUCACUUGGAGAAGAUCACAAUCGGGAACAACCGUACUCCGUUUGAAAUUCAUAGGCUUUCUAAGACCCUGCAUCGUCAUCAUCUCAGCUACAUCAUCAUCAUCAUCACCUUCAUCUUAUAGAAAUAGACUUUUCACGCUGCUUUCCCUGGACGAACUGAAUUAGAUCGACUUGAGGGACGUGUUAGCUUGAUCAGUCGGAUUUAGUAGACAGGAAGUUGCGGCAAGUUUAUUAGAAGAAACGGCGGAUGGCGGCCUAACGAUAACAGGCAUACAGUUAUAUUUUAAGAACGAAGUCCUUGGCGUUAGGAGACAAUCCGGGGUUUUGAUUACAUCGACUGCUUGAAAGGGCCACGUAUAUGUAUCGCGGGACCUGUCGACCCUGGUUUGCCCUAUGUGUACGCGAGAAGGUAGGAUGCUCUGAAUGUGCUAUUUAUGUUCGACUAGUGUGAAGUACUUUGCUUCGUAGCGAGUCAAGGAAGGAUGUGCGCUGCGACAGGAAUGGAUGCAACUUCAUCUUCGAGAAACUAGUAGUCAAGUCGAAUCGUGUGGAGAGUCGUAUACAAAGUACAAUGGCUUACUCGCACGAUGUCCGUGGACCUCCUCUAUCCCUUCGUUUCUUCACUCUAUUGCACCACGAAUUGUGUCGGCGCCUAACAGACUUAUCUCGCAAACGUGCGCACUUCGUCGUCUGUUCGGAUGAUUCCAUGUCUUGUAAUAUAUGUUUGUCCGGCAUCCUAGGGCGCCUAGCACAUGUUGCACAUAUUCAAAAGCAAUACAUUCUCGCACCCGGACGUUCCUCGGUACUUGUUCUCUUUCUUCUAUCUUCUAAGAAUACGAAUCCGAUGCACAUAGGAGAAUACGUGAUACCGGACUUCCGUCCCUCUGGUACACAACAACGACAAAGAGGAGCUCAACGACACUUUGCUAUCAGGGACACAAGGUCGGACGGAAAUACUUCGCUCCUUCGUGUUGUGAAGUAAAAAGUUUUUCUUCUACACUAACAGCUAUGCACACCGAUAUUAAGCUCUCCCUCUCUCCUUUUCUUCGCGUUUACGUUUUGACGGAGAUUCGUGUUGGCCUUUUCUCAGGCAUUUUGUAAAGAUGUAAGUUCUGAAUGGAGAAGGUGUGGUUUUUUGGAUCUGAAUCACGUAGAGAAGUGAAGAAUGCUCCGUAGAAUGUCCGUACCAUAGCAAGCGC